AUGCUCCCGGACCAGCCAUCACCAACCGUCAUCAGUUCCCGCAACCUUCAAUCUACACUCUCUCAUCCAUCGCAACAUACUGUCUCUUGGAAUGAUGAUGGACAGUGCCUUGUGUUGACCACAAAGAGAAUAUACGUAUCUACCCCUUAUCUUGCCACCAGGCGUCCAAAGCCAAUCCGUCCCCUGGAUGACCGGUCAAUCAAGUCGAUCCUGAAACUGCAAAAAAAGAACCCCGUCAAAGUGGAAGACCAAAGUGACGCGCCAUCACAGACAAAGCGGGCCAGACGCUCUAAGCGCCCUGCAGGAGGAGAGAUUGAAUGGUGGACAGUCGAGGCCCAGGUGAAUGACUUCAAUAGGAAGGAAGCUUUUGACAAUGACGGUACGUGCUCGUCGCUGUUACGCGGCGGCCCCCAGACUGACACCAAAGGCGAUCCUCUACGACAGGCUGUAUGGUCGCCUUCCGGCAUAGCACCUUCAGGAGGAUGCCUUAUGUGUAUUCUCACGGGCUCUGGUCGAGCUUUGAUAUUUGCGCCUGAUGGUGAUCCUCAAGCUGAAGCUUGGUUGGAGAUCGAAGAACUGGCCCUAUCAUCCCGAAAUUCAGCAUCACCGUCUUCAUCCCCGCCAGAAGAGAAGAUGGAUCCACAGGAAGAUGAUGUUUUGGGGUGGCGGUCGACUUGUAUCGCUUGGUCCAAGCACAUCCCUUCUACAGAUAUGAUGGGUGUCGAUGGUAGUGUCAUUGCCGUUGCCAACCGAUCCGGCAGUAUUGCCCUAUGGACAUAUGCCACACAAAAGACAUCAACACAGCUGGACUAUUUAACGAUAUGCCCAGUGGGAUCUUGGUCAACACAGAUGGCAUGGUCGGAAUGGACGCCUCUUGACGAGGACACAUAUAAGUCACGCCUGGCUUUCUGUGUGUCUGACGGAUCUAUCAAGACCAUUGACGUGACGAGAACCGCCAAGGCUGGACGGAGCAAAAGAAAAAGCUGGGAAUUUCAGAGGGACGAUAUAACGACUCUUGAUCACGGAGAUGGGCGAGUGAUCACCUCGCUGAAAUGGAUCAACAACGUCCUCGUAUGGACGAAGGCAGGCACAGUGCAUAUGCUGGCAGAUGACGAGAGCCGGAAUAUCUCCUGGCGGGGCUUUCGUUCAUUUGGACUCGCCAGAAUUGGUCACUGGGCUGGCGCAAGCCCUUACAGCCAAGUCAUUAGUAUCGAGCUGUUGAACCCUACCACGCUCCUUGUUGUUCAAUCCUCUCUUUCGACACACCUUAUACAGAGCUUCGACUCCUCGCCGGCUCUGGUCCCUGUCACCGAGCCAUUGCAGGUGGCGCUUGACGCACGAAGAAUAUCGCUGGAGAACCUGGAUACCGUACCGGCUCCUCAGCUAGACGGCUGCGAUGGGCUGGAGGAAGAUGGGUGGACCACGCAUACGUCGGGAUGGGCGCGGGUGGGCGAUUGGGGUAGGAGCAUGAUUUGGGCGACUGAAUUGACGAGUUUCCAGACACUCCACAUAGAGAGCGAAGCGCACCGCUAUGUGCACCUCAUUAUGGCCGAAAUAUGUGCUUCGACGGUUUCGGACGAGGCCUUCACACAUGCACUCAAGAAGACCUUGCGGAACCCGCGUGUCUUGGUUCACAUCUCUCCGCAAUAUGUCCUCAUGCCAUUCAUGCUACACAUGCUCACAUUGUCGCCUUCCGACACCCUCGCAGCCGAUGUGCAAGAACUCGUACUGCUGUGCCUACAGAGGACGGCCGAGUAUGACUCUACACUGGCGUCUCAGAACAUUGUCGUCGGCCUAUGGAACAAUUCGUCGCUCAAUUCGCUCCGCCUUUGCUUGGUUCUCACCAUCUGGUGUAGUUCGAUCUUUGAUCAGUCAACAACCGAAUUUCAGCUUUUGGUCUCGAAGCUAUCGAAGAAAAUCCGCUCGUAUCUCAUCACCCUGAAGCUAGCGUGGUUGAGCAUCACAAUCGAUACACAUACGUCUCUCGGGCCCUUCGACCGACGAUUCAUCGCUCGCCUUAUCAAACGCGUUCAAGAACCAUCGGACCCGAGUGGCAUCUCCGCGCCGGCCGACACUAUCCAAUCUAGUGCUCGGAGUCUGUCAACUUUGCUGGGCUGGGAUCAAGAUAGCGAGGCAUCGGCCGAUGAGCGUUGCCCCAUUUGCAUGGCCGAAGGCGAAGACGGCGGCGUGUGCAAGAACGGACAUUCCAUGCCUGAGCGCUGCUCUCUGACGGAUCUCCCUAUCACGUCCGAAACGCCCCGUGUCUGUUCAAUCUGUCUGGCGCCUGCUUUCACGAACCACAGCAGCGGUGACCCCAUGACUCAACAUGGCGUCAAUGGGCCGACACAUCAAGAUACGGUGGUGCAAAUGGUGUUGGAUAGUGCCAUCGGAUGCGCCAUUUGCGGUGGCCGAUGGAUCACGAAAAGCAAAAGACGCGCGUUGGAGUAG